AUGUUCCGCUCGGCUUUUUCUAUCUUGGCUAUUGUAGCUUUGGCUCUUUCCGCUCCAACUCUUAGAGAAAAGCGUCAGGCUUGCUCAUGUGCUCCAGUUCAACAGCAACCAUCGUGCUGCCAGCAAUCCACCAUCAAUGUCCAAGUUCAAUACACCCAAACUCAAGUCCAACAGGUCCCAGCUCAAGACCCAUGUGCCUGCCAGCAGCAGCAGCCUGCUUGCGACUGUGCUCCAGUUCAGCAGAACCCAUGUGCUUGCCAACAAGCUCAGCCAGCAUGCGAUUGCGCUCCAGUUCAACAACAGCCAGCCUGCUGCCAACAAGCCCAGCCAGCCUGUGAUUGUGCCCCAGUUCAACAACAGAACCCAUGCGCUUGCCAACAGCAACAACCAGCUUGCGACUGUGCUCCAGUCCAACAGCAACCAUCCUGCGACUGCCAGCCACAACAACAACCAGCCUGCGAUUGUGCUUCAGUUCAACAACAGCCAGCUUGCGACUGCCAACAGAAUCCAACCUGUGUGACCUGCAUUCAAAUUGAAAUCCGUCAAGUUCAACAGCAACAACCAGCCUGUGAUUGUGCUCCAGUUCAACAAAACCCAUGCUGCCAACAAGCUCAGCCAUCAUGCGAUUGCGCUCCAGUUCAACAACAGCCAGCUUGUGACUGCGCCCCAGUUCAACAAAACCCAUGCUGCCAACAAGCUCAGCCAGCUUGCGAUUGCGCUCCAGCUCAACAACCAUCCUGCUGCCAACAAGCCCAGCCAUCCUGUGACUGCGCUCCAGUCCAACAACAACCAUCAUGCUGCCAACAACAACCACAACAGCCAGCUUGUGACUGCGCUCCAGUUCAACAACAACCAUCUUGCUGCCAACAAGCUCAACCAUCUUGCGAUUGUGUCCAACAAGCUCCAGUCCAACAAGACGCUUGCGCCUGCCAACAAGCUAAGCCAUCCUGCGAUUGCGCCCAACAAGCUCAGCCAACCUACCAAGUUCAAGUCCAACAAACUCAAACCAACCAAUGCGUCCCAGCCUGUCAACCAGCCUGUCAAUCAUCUUGCACCGCUUCUUACACCAACCAACAAAGCCAAUACUCAUCCGCCACCACUUCCUGCGACGCCAACCAAUGCGUCUGCCAACGUGGAUACGUCAAGUGCGCCGAGCAGACCUGCUGCCUCAGAUACAGAUACACCAACCGCAAAGCCAAGCGAUCGAUCGCCUAA